AUUACAGGGAACACCCGGAAAGACCGCGAUAUCUGGACCUAGUAAAUGCCAUAAAAUUAUCGCGAGAGGAAGGAAACGCAGAUCUCGUGACAAGAUCUCAGAUCUCACGAGAGGAGACUUGGCGCCCUCCUCCGUGGAUUCUGGCCAGGCAGGGUUCAGCGGUUGCUGUGAGGGCACGCUUCCCUGCACCAUGCCGUCCGCGUUCUCCGUCAGCUCCUUCCCUGUCAGCAUCCCAGCUGUACUCACGCAGACGGACUGGACUGAGCCCUGGCUUGUGGGGCUGGCUGCCUUCCACACUCUCUGCCUGCUUCUCACCUGCUUGUCCUCCUGGAGCUACAAACUACAGAUCGGGCACUUCUUGUGCCUAGUAAUCCUAGUCUACUGUGCUGAAUACAUCAAUGAGGUGGCUGCAAUGAACUGGAGAUUAUUUUCAAAAUACCAGUAUUUCGACUCCAGGGGCAUGUUCAUUUCUAUAGUAUUUUCAGCCCCACUGCUGCUGAAUGCCAUGAUCAUUGUGAUUAUGUGGGUACGGAAGACGUUAAAUGUGAUGACUGAUCUGAAGAACGAACAAGAGAGAAGAAAGGAGAAGAAAAGGAGAAGGAAAGAAGACUGAGAGGCAGCAGCUGCUUGGAGUUUGCGUCCUCACUCCACCCCGGCUGCUCCAAGGGCUAAACUGCACGUGGCAUGGGCAUCCUUCCACCUGACCCGUGGUUUGAAAAAUGGUUGUUUUAUUUUAACAUCCGCAGUGAUAGGCACACACUGAAGUCGACUUUUCAGCGAGCACUGAAUGUAUCCAUCAGGACAUGCGUCUUCAGGCGUCUGAUCUUUGUAGUCAGGCCAUGGGAACGGUCCCUACAGAGCUUUACAACUGGGAGUUUGAUUUGAAGAAGUCCAUGUCAUCUGUGUAACUGGUACUCAUUAUAGCCUGUUCACAAUAUUAAAUAUGAAAUUCAGUAAUAAACAGUGCCACCCUGCGCAUGGGCACCAUGCUCUC